CCGCGAAGAAACUUACAGCUGUCACUCACUGUUGGUUGUUAUUAAUUUGUUACACUUAAAUUUAAAUAUAUUGCAGGGGGGCUCGUAUAUUUAAGGUCCUAAGUUUUGAUGUGGAAAAAAAUUAACUAUAAAAAAAUAAAUUUUUUAAUGCGCGGGGUCCAUCUAGACACAAAACGCCUAAAAUAAAAGUCCUAAACCUUCUUUAUAAAACCGAAAGUGAAGGUUAGGGAGGGGCUAAGACCAAGGCUAAAGUCAAGUUAAAACUCUAUUAGAGUAUUAGACAUUAUAUUGACCACUUUUUAAAAAUAAGACAUUCACAAUUAGAACCUAAGAUCAGUUAUAAACACGGUAUAUUAUUAUGCAGUCGUAGUAAAGACUUCUCACACAUUUGUUAAAAUUAAAUUGCCCUACUUCUGCUUUACUUCACUGUUUACUGUCUUAUACUUAUUAAUAUUUAAGUGACUUAAGUAUUUACAAUACAUACAUUUUAUAAUUCCCACGUUGCAACAUUGUCUAAGUCUAUGUUAUGGUCCAUGGUGCAAGUAAUGCUUCUCAACCUUCUUAAUGCCGUGGUCGCGACCCACUAUUAUACAGUUCCUCAUGUUGUGGCGACCCCCAAUCAUAAAAAUUAUGUUCGUUUCUACUUCAUAAAAAUGUUUCCCGACGGUCUUAGGCGACCCCUGCGUAAGGGUCGUUCGACCCCCAAAGUGUAUAAAUGAUUUAUCGAUAACUCAGUAUACUAUUACUACUAAUACUAUGACUAUUAUACACUAUAAUUAUAAAAAAAGAAUAGGUUAUAAUGUAACAUCUGAAAAUAAAUUAGAUUUAGUUACCAAAAUGUUUGGCUAAUUAAUAUAAUAUAUAUUAAUAAUGAUAUGCUUUAAAUGGUCAUCUUCAAGUAUCCUGUAGAAGGAAACGUUUUUAAAAUCAACGUAAAGACAAUAUGAUAUCAUCUGAUAUGUUUUCAUGGUCAAUUUUAUUUAUGAUCAUGAGCUGAUGUCCUGAUUGGUCGCUGCUCAAUGGUGAAAUUAUUUUUCUAAUGUCUCACGUCUAAGUCUAAUGAAAUGCAUCUGCUGAAAAUUUCAUUAAUCUAGGAAUCUAGGUCCAGAAACAUCAUUAAAAUUAAAUAACAAUUUAAAUUCAUGUCACGGGAUCCAGAUUUUUUUGGACUGAAGAAUUUUUAUGAUCUUCAACAGUUAAAUUUAAAUAAAUAUAAUAUUCAAUUUUGUGUGUGCUGAAUCUAAGAAUGGGGGAAAAAAAAGGGGGAGGGGGAAGAAGCUUUUAAACAUCACACUUACGGUGUAAAAAAAAAAAUUAAAUUUAUAUCCACAACUGUGUAUAUUUUUCAUUCUAUAUUUGCAGUGUAACAAAUAGCAGUAACAAUGACCCCACAACAUGGAUUAAGACAUCUUUCAAUUAGAUUUAUGCAAGGUGUGUGUCAAUUACCAGAACCAAAGUGGAUUCCUUCAUGCAGAACACUGAAUGCAAUUAGAUGUUUAUCAUCAUCAAGUGUCUCUGUUAUUGAUCUUCGCAGUGAUACACUUACAAAGCCUACCCAAAAGAUGAGGGAAGCCAUGAAAAAUGCAGUUGUUGGAGAUGAUGUAUUUGGAGAAGACCCAACAGUAAAUGGUAUGAAUCUAAAUAACUUUUUUUUAAAUGUCACCUCAACUAUAAAAGUGAAAUUUUAAAAAAACAUUUACUUACCUUUCUAAUAUCAUACUGAAUAGUCUUCACUUCAUCCUUAUUUAUUAGCACUUAAAGCUUUAAAAAGUUCAAAUAUUUUUUCUUCACAUCUAAUUUCAGCAUUAUAAAGUUGAUUUUACAUUACCAUUAGAUAAAUAAAGGCACAGAAAGAUUUUUAAAAAUAAUUUUUUCAAUGUGCUGAAAUGACUUAAAUACAUUUUUACAUGCAAUAUAUAAAUAUUUUUAGAGCUCCAAGAUGUCUGUGCCAGUGUUUUAGGAAAAGAGGCCUCUUUGCUUGUUCCAACAUGUACAAUGGCAAAUACUGCCUCAGGUAAAAUGUGAAGAACUUUACUGUACGUGGAGUAUAUUUUAAUUAAUUUUUCCUAAAGCCAUUAGGACAUUUUGAUAUUGGAUGGCAUAAUUUGACAAAAUCACAGUCUUCUGCCCCCCCAAAAAUAUCCUUGAAAACUUUGUGCUAUUUAUUUACAGUCCUUGUUCAUUGCAGUGGAAGAUUUCAAGAGGUCAUACUGGGAGAAGAUUCUCACAUGCAUAUGUAUGAACUAGCAGGACUUGCCCAGGUUAGUUGGGGAUUGUUGUUUUUCAAAAAAAUUAAUCUUCACCUGUUUUUCUUUUCUUAAUUAGAAACUUAUUCAAAUUCAAUGUACACAUAAUUCAAAACCUGUUUGAAUACAAUGCUAUAUUUAAAAAAAGUAAGCUUCAGCAUUAUCGAGACACCAAAGUCUUUAAAAAGCAUGGCCAGCAGGAAUAACAUGUCAAAACAAUUCUGACGACGCAGUCCCACUUGAAGUCUUGGAAACUGAUGCUACAUGCCAGAUUAAAAUUUAAGAUAAUAUGAAACCAAAUGAGAGAAAGGACUGAAUUUGAGAAGAGAAAUUACGGCUUUACUAUUAAAAUAAAUUUGGCAAUUCAUAAACAAAACAAAUAAAUGUAGUGUUUCUAUUAAGGGGAAAAGCGUAAACCUUCCACAGUCCGAUCUUAGUGUCUUAAAAAUGUGUGAAUGUUGGAAUGGGUUAUUUUUGCAAGACAAGCCUAAAAUCUGUAGGCGAUGCACUAUUGUGUCGCAACACGCAUUUUGGAAAACUCUGCAUUAGGCAGAAGGGAAAUAAAAAGCUGUAAAAAUUUUUAUCAAAAUAUCUUGAGCAGCUUAUUAAUAUGAAUACUAAUUUUCAGUUGGGUGGCAUUCAAGGAAGAAGUAUAAGAAAUCUACCAGAUGGCUCUAUGGACCUUGAAGAGAUUGAAGCUAAAAUUCGACCCGUUGAUGAUGUGCAUCAGCCAUGGACGAAAGCAAUUUGCCUUGAAAACACACAUAACAGAUGCGGCGGUAAAGUCUUGACAAUGGAUUAUGUAAAGAAGGUAAACCCCCCCCCCCCACCCCCCCCCCAUAGUUUUGAAUAUUAUUGUCAUAAAGUUGUAAGGAAUUCAAAAACUUAUUCAAGAAAUGGAAAUAAUUACAUUUCUAAAAUUAAUAUAAUACUAGUGAUACUAGCAGCUGUCAUUCAAAUGUGAAAAAAAAAAUAUUUACUCACCUGAAAAUCUUGUUUUUGUGUGUUUGUGUUAAAGGUCAAGGACCUUGCCAAGAAACAUGGCCUUGUUGUACACUUAGAUGGUGCUCGCUUGUUCAAUGCCGCCACUGUUUUAAAAGUGCCACCGUCAGAGAUUACACAACAUGCAGAUUCAGUUUCAGUCGCUUUUAGUAAAGUAAGUUAACUUUAAAAAAAAAUAAACAUACCGGUAUAUAGUAAUUUUCAAGUCUGUCAACUCAACUUUCAUUUCUCUUUAAAAUAACUAAUAGUUACUUUCAGCUUCCAAUCUUCAAUUUUCAAAACCUCAAAAUAAAAUAAAAAUUAUUUCUAGACCUUUUGUUAAGGCAACUGAGAUGCACCAGCCUCUUCCAUACUAAGUAGAACCAAUAGGUUUGUGGGCUUGAUUUGGGCCGCUUUGUGUUCAAUAAAGUUUAUCGGGUUUGAUAAAUUUGGAUAUGGAUGACGGUCUUAAAAAAAAAAGAAGAGCUCCCCACUUCUAAAGAAUAAUUAAAUCCAAUGAUUUUUUUUCUCAUCAGGGUUUAUGUUGUCCUCUGGGUUCAAUAAUGGCUGGUUCCAAAGACUUCAUAGACUUGUAAGUUAGGCUGCAUUAUGUCCUACUUUGAGACAUCCAUAUGUAGUCCCAAAGAAAUUUAUUUAAGACUUCAUAGACUUGUAAGUUAGGCUGCAUUAUGUCCUACUUUGAGACAUCCAUAUGGUCUCCCAAAGAAAUUUAUUUAAGACUUCAUAGACUUGUAAGUUAGGCUGCAUUAUGUCCUUCUUUGAGACAUCCAUAUGUAGUCCCAAAGAAAUUUAUUUAAGACUUCAUAGACUUGUAAGUUAGGCUGCAUUAUAUCCUACUUUGAGACAUCCAUAUGUAGUCCCAAAGAAAUUUAUUUAAGACUUCAACUGACAGGCAAUACAUUGUUGCAUUUUUGAGGCAAUAAGGGAUGUCGUCUGGCCCCUUCCCCUUUCCCGGUAUUUGUUUUGGGAAAACAUAUGAAAAUACAUUUUUUUAAAAAUGUUUUAAUACAGGUAUAAUGUUGCAAUAUAAGUGUUUUUAGUGAUACACCCCUCCGCCCCCCCCCCCCCCCCCNGCUCUUGGUGGUGGGUUGAGACAAGCCGGUGUCAUAGCUGCCCCCAUGUUAGUUGCCCUUGAGGACAUGGUGCCAAGACUUUGGGAAGACCAUGAUAAAGCAUACAGGAUUGCCCAGGGUAAGUUAAAGAGUAAAUUUUGAAGAUAAGUCCCGCCCCCCCCCCUGCCCCCCCUUAGAUAGGUAGAUCAUUCUUUGGAAGGUUAAAAAAAACAAACUUAUUUAAAAAAAAAAAAGAACAUUAUUUUUGUUCCUCAGUUUAGAGUGAGCUAGAAAUACACAAAGAGUAGACUCUAUGAGGAUGCAUCAGUGUUGGCCAAUCUUGUUUGGUUUUUAUAAUGCAUGAAUUCCUUACAAUGCAAAAAUUAUUAUUAUUAUUAUAAGUGGUUUUAUAUAGUGUGGUACCCCAGCCUAGGGCUGGGCUCCCCACGCUGUGCAUACAAUUUAACAAACAUAAUCAAGAACUUAAAAAAUAAAUUAACAUACAUUGAUUAAAUUUAAAAAAACAAAUGUAAAUUAACAUACCUUCUUUCUAUUGGUUCAUUGGCAAUGUGUUAAGUGCUCAUCUUGGCACUCAAUACAAAAAUGCAUUGAACUUUUUAAUCGAUUUUCAAAAAAAAUCAGUUUUGAACAGACAUGGAAAAAUAACAUCUGAAAAGAAAAUUUAAACAAUGAUUAAUCAGCAAUUAAUUUCUAAUAAUGUUUUUUUUAUUUUUGGUAUGGAGUACGGAUGUUAGAGCUGACAAUUAUUAUUAUACUAUACAUUUUUUAAAUUACUACAUUUUGGUUCAACUAAAUGCAGAAUAAUUUACAAUAUGCACAAGAUUAAUAGUUACUCCAUGGAUGAAACAUUACACACAGUUAAGUUUAGUGCUGCAUGUGCGUGACCAUGGCGAUGGUGUGAUAAUUGAUGCUUUUACGGUUUUUACAUCUAAAUUGUAUGUUUUUCUUGAGAUGCAUUGUUGUGUAUUUGGUCAUUAAAAAAAGAAAAAAAGGUACCCUCCAAAAUCAUUUUUCAAUGUUUAUGAAAUAAAGAAUAACCAAGGAUACAGCAACUGGCUGGCCAAAAUGUGAAAAGCUUUUGGACACAUUUCUGAGGUCUUAGGUGACCACCAUCUUUUUGAGACAUCAAUUUGCUUCAUGCGUUAUAAAGAAAUUAAUAACGAAAUAUACAUUUCAUCAGUUCAUUUAAAUCGUUUCAUGAAAACACUCCAAUAAAUCUAUUCGUACCCUUCAAUCUAGGUAUUGAUGGUAUGAAAGGCAACUCUGUGUGCAGCGUCGACUUGGCGGGCGUCCAUUCCAACAUCGUUAUGAUAGAAAUGCUUGGGAGAAUCUCAGCUUCUCAGUUUUCUCUCAGGAUGAAGGAGGUAUUUAUGUAACAGCUAUACAUGUUAUACUUACAGUACUGUAGUUAUCAUUAUGGUAUUUUUUAACAUUUUUUGACAAAGCAAAAUGUCUUAGAGCUUGUGUCUAUUUUAUAGGUUUAUUCACAAUAAAAUUUAUUUACUUCCUUUUUACAAAAAAUAGAUUUCAGACAAAGAAAGAAAUUCCUUAAAGCAGUCCAUCUCAGUUUUGAUGAUGCCCUUUUCCAGCACUAAAGUUCGCUAUGUCACCCACAAUGACGUCAACGAUGAUGACAUACAGAAAGUUAUUACAAAGAUUCAGUAUGUUAUUGAGGAGUUCUCCUCCUAGUGGCACGUAGUCUGCUGGUGUGGUGGUGAUUGUCUUGAAUUAUUUUAAAAUUAACACCAGACGUGUGGUGUGUAUAAAAAGC